AUGCUUACCAAGUCAGUAGCAACGCCUUUGUUGGCGCUCUCAAGUCUCACCUUGCAAGUUGCUGCUGUUUCUCACAGGCAAUGGAGCAAGCGGAGCGAUCACUUAUACCUACCGAAAGAGACUAGCGACUACAAGACCGCUACCGCUCCGAACAAUGUCACCAUUCGUUACAAGAACCCGGGCAUCUGUGAGACUACUCCAGGCGUGGACAGCUACUCUGGAUAUGUCGAUCUGACACCUGAUGUCCAUGUAUUCUUCUGGUUCUUCGAGUCCCGCAACAACCCUGCAUCCGACCCAUUCACUCUAUGGUUGAACGGAGGGCCUGGCUCAGAUUCGCUCAUCGGUCUGUUCGAGGAGAAUGGACCUUGCAUGAUCGAUGACAACCUCACAGCAGUAUACAAUCCUUACAGCUGGAACAAUGUCUCCAACAUGCUGUAUAUCUCGCAGCCUGUCGGGACAGGUUUCAGCUACCAGAAGCAGGGUGUAGGAAGUUUCAAUUCGUUCUCUGAAGACUUUCAUUACAACUCUAGCGAAUGGCCUGCUACGGGAAGAUGGCCCCUGUUGGAACCGCUGAACACCGGCACAAUUGACACUACUGACCUUGCUGCAGUUGCCGUAUGGCACGUCUUCCAGGCACUUUUGGCUACCGUUCCAAAAUUCGAUGCGAAGAUCGGAGACUUGAAUGCUGCAAGAGACUUCAACCUCUUCACUGAGUCAUACGGUGGACAUUAUGGCCCAGCCUUCUUCAGCUACUUUUACAACCAGAACUUGAAGAUUGAGAACGGCAGCAUGCCUGGCUACCCGCUUAACUUCAACUCUCUCGGCAUAAUCAACGGUAUCAUCGACGAGUCCAUUCAGGCUGAACACUACCCGGAAUUUGCCGUUAACAACACGUACGGCAUUAAGGCGUACAACGAUACUGUCUACUCGUACGCCAAGUUCGCGAACAAUAUGUACAACGGCUGUCUCUACCAGAUCGAUCUUUGCCGAGCCGCUGCCGAAGGCAAUACCACUUACUACCACGCUGAUGCAAAGAUCACGGAGGCAGAGUUGACACCUGGUGAGAUGCAGAUUUGCAACGAAGCGGCAGAUAUGUGCCGUGACAACGUCGAAUCUCCCUACUACUACUAUUCUGGUCGUGGAGUCUAUGAUAUUCGACACACUUAUGAAGACCCAACACCACCUUCUAACUACCCCGGCUAUCUCAACCUAGGAGAAGUACAGGAUGCUCUCGGUGUUACACUCAACUACUCUGGUAGCAAUGGUAUCUACUACGCGUUUCAGAACACGGGAGACUUCAUCUACCCGAACUUCAGGCUUGAUCUGGAGUACCUGCUCAGCCAGGAUGUGCGCGUCAGCCUGGCGUAUGGCGAUGCUGACUACAUCUGCAAUUGGUUCGGUGGUGAAGCCAUCAGUCUAGCAAUGGAAUACACACAUAGCGAUGAGUUCCGUGCCGCGGGCUACGAAGCCAUGGUUGUAGAUGGCACAGAGUACGGCGAGGUACGCCAGUACGGCAAUUUCAGCUUCGCGCGCGUCUACGAGUCGGGCCAUGAGGUUCCUUACUACCAGCCUGUUGCCGCAUUGGCUUACUUCAACCGUACCCUCUACCACUAUGACAUCGCAACAGGCGAGGAGAAGGUUACUGCUAAUUUGACCACGUCUGGUCCGGCGAACGCAACGCACACGAACUCGUUUGUCCCGAUCACGUCGUCCUACAUUCAGGCUUUUCCCUCGCCCAUUUACCCUGCGACCACGUCGGUAUAUUAA